AUGUUUGAAAACACGCUCAUCAACAUCUUCUACCACACGCUGGGAUGUUUGGGGACUGUCGUGUCGUUAUUCUGGAUGUAUCUGAUCGUCAAGAAGUCGCCUGUCGAGAUGAAGCUGUUCAAAUGGGUGCUUUUCAGAUUGGCGCUGUGCGAUGAGUGCUUUUCCCUCGGUAUGGCCGUCCUGCUACUUCCGGAGCUCUGCUUCCCGGUCCCAGCUGGCGCGGUUCACGGGAUUGCUGGUUAUUUUGGAGACCUUGGGGCGAAACUGGCGGUGAGCUUCGUCUUCUUCUCCGGCGUCAACAUCUUCACCGCGAUCAAUGGGGCCUUGUUGCUCGGCUACGUCUACAACCCCUGGAUAAGUAUUCCAUUUGUGUUAAUAGGAAACACUGGGAUGGCGUUACCAUUAUCAGUGACAUUUUGGUUGUCACUAGCUGAUCGGAAGAUCCUUAUCUCGCAAUUCAACAACACCAAGGAGUACGAGUAUAUCCGGUACGCAGUCGGCAACGAUAUACCGCUUCUAUCAAUUGUAAAAGGGGAGCAUGUACUGGAAGCGUAUCUUUUUGCCGCGAUGGUGGCUGUCGGGAUUUUCGCUAUGUAUUUUGCUAAUUUUCUAUCGGCUGCGCAGCUUUGGUACAAACUCCAGGGCGUCAAGUCAAGCCUCUCCGAAAAGACGUUUAAAGCCCAUCAGCAAAUGCUAAUGAUGAUCGUGGCGCAGAAUAUCUACCCGCUCUUCGGGAUCAUGAUCCCGGUCCUGACAUUCGUUGUCAGCUACGCAAUCGACCAGUUGACGCUCGUAUCGAACGCAUUUUAUAAGCACACCUUCUUGGUCUUGCUGCUCAUCUACCCGUUGAUCAGCUUCUGCUGCUGCGUGGCGUUCAUGAAGCCGUACCGCGACUUUUGCUUCCCAUGUUUUGCCGCAAAGGUCGAGGACUCAAGGGAACCAACCCGGUCCGAUACCGACGAUGCGAUUCGCCGGAUCGAGGAGCGCCGCGGAAACUUUUUGGAU